CAAUAAAAUUCUAUUAUCCUCGAUUCUAGAUCUCUAUGAAUUGAAUGAUCAUACUUAUGAUACUAGAUAUCUAAUACUAAUCAAUCUCUCUGUCAUCAUAGUAAAGUAUAGAAUCUAUAAUAGAUCAACAAGAUCUAGACCUAGAGUGUAGAUUUGAAUUACCAAAUAAAAAUGUCAUGUACAUGAUCAAGAUAUCAGGUCCUGUACACAAUAUUCUAGACAAAUUAAUUCGAAUGAACUCCCAAGAGACUUUUUAAACUUAGAAAUGGAGCCUGAUCUCAACACACAGACUGUAGAAGAAAGCUUAACUAAAUCAAAGAGGAGCUGCCAGCAGUAUGAAGUAGUGGUCAAACCCACACAAUGGUCAAUUAUUUACAGCUCAGAAUAUAAUAUUGGAUUUUGUGGAUUAGAAAAACUUCAUCCAUUUGAUUCAGGGAAAUGGGGAAAAAUAUUUGAAUUUCUUAAAGUGGCUGGCAUGCUACGAGAAGAUACAGUUGUAGAACCAAUGGAAGCCACAGAAGAAGAUUUACUUCUAGUGCACUCCAAUAAAUAUUUACGUAGUCUAAAGCUGGCUAAUAUUGUGGAGGGGAUGAAUGAGUGGAGUAUUAAUGUUGCUGGAAUAACUGAAGUCCCACCUGUUGCUCUGUUGCCAAAUUUUAUUGUUCAGAAAAAAGUUCUUAGACCAUUUCGGUUCCAAACAAGUGGAACUAUUAUGGGAGGUAAAUUGGCAAUAGAAAGAGGCUGGGCCAUAAAUAUUGGUGGAGGAUUUCACCACUGUUCAGCCAACAGAGGUGGAGGAUUUUGUGCUUAUGCAGACAUCACUCUGUCAAUACAGUAUGCCUUUCAAAUCUUCAAUAUUUCUAAAGCAAUGAUCAUAGAUCUAGAUGCUCACCAGGGUAAUGGCCAUGAGAGAGAUUUUAUGGACGAUAACAAAGUCUAUAUCUUAGACAUCUUCAAUAGAGACAUAUACCCUCAUGAUGGUUUUGCAAAGCGGGCCAUUAAAAGAAAAGUUGAAAUUGGUUGCUUCACUGACAAUGAGAAAUAUUUAAAGUUGGUGGAAAGGCAUGUGGAGGGCGCAUUGAAUGAAUUCACACCAGAUUUAGUUGUUUACAACGCUGGCACAGAUAUAUUGGAGGGUGAUCCACUUGGACUACUGUCUAUAACUGCAGAGGGUAUCAUUCAACGAGAUGAGAUUGUGUUUACCAAGUGCCGCUCAAGGAAUAUUCCCAUUGUCAUGGUAACCAGUGGUGGAUAUCUGAGAGAAACUGCUAGGAUUGUAGCCAACUCCAUUCUAAACUUAAGACACAAAAGUUUAAUUUCUUGUACAGAAGCAGAGCAAGCUGGCCUGAUAGAACCAGAUGUGCUGCCUCAGACCUCAUUGCCAAGGAGUUUUAGUGAUGGAGGAUUAUUUGCUCGAUUCAAACGAAGCUGUUUAUCUCGAUCAUCUAACUCAUUUCAAAACAUUACAGACCUCAGUCCAUCCAGACCCAUGAGUGACCAGCAGCUGUCAAACUCAGACAAUAUAACCUGUUCUGAUAUGGGGUUCACUAUGGAUGACAACAGAUUCUGACCCCUCAACUGACUGGAGCCCCAAUACAGCUACAACAAGACCACUAAAUUGACUGGAGCACCAAUACAGCUACAACAAGACCACUAAAUUGACUGGAGCACCAAUACAGCUACAACAAGACCACUAAAUUGACUGGAGCACCAACACAGCUACAACAAGACCACUAACCAAUACUGCUACAACAAGAC